AUAAGCAAGUUUAAGAUAAAAAAUAAAAUUAUGUCAUCAGAUGAUCAAACAAUUAAUAAUUCUCCGGAAAAAGAAAUUACAUCGUAUGUUCGUUUCAGAAAAAAUGUGAAGACAGUAAUAUUGAUUGGAGCUUCAGGGGAUUUGGCUAAAAAGAAAAUUUACCCAACAUUUUGGGAAUUAUAUCGUCAUGAUUGGUUACCCACACAUACAAACUUUGUGGGUUAUGCGCGUUCAAAGUUAUCUGUAGCCGAUAUUCGUAGUCAAGCUGAGCCAUUUAUGAAGGUAAACGAUGAUCAGCGAUCCAAGUUAGAAGAAUUUUUUCAUGUUAAUUACUAUUUCUCUGGUUCUUAUACUGAAGCUGAUGAUUUUAUUAAAUUAGAUGAAGAAAUUGGAAAGUUAGAAGAGGCUGAACAUAUUGAGAAAUCAGACAGAAUUUUCUACUUAGCAUUGCCACCAUCUGUAUUCAUAGUUGUUACACAAAUGAUCAAAGAUUAUUGUCAAAGCAAAAGUGGAUGGACUCGUAUUGUAGUUGAAAAACCCUUUGGUAAAGAUUCUGAAUCAUCAUCAGUACUUUCAAAACACUUAUCAAUGUGCUUUAAAGAAGAACAAAUAUAUAGAAUUGAUCAUUAUUUAGGUAAAGAGAUGGUCCAGAAUAUAAUGGUGCUAAGGUUUGCAAAUAGAAUCUUUGGUCCUGUUUGGAAUCGGGACAAUAUUCAAUGUGUUCAUAUCACUUUUAAAGAAGAUAUUGGUACAUAUAGGCGAGGGGGUUACUAUGAUGAAUAUGGAGUUAUUAGAGACAUUAUGCAGAAUCAUAUUAUGCAAGUACUGUGUCUUACAGCAAUGGAAAAGCCUGCUUCCAAAAAUGCUGAUGAUAUAAGAGAUGAAAAAGUAAAAGUUUUAAAAUCCAUCAAACCUCUUUCUCUUAAUGACAUUGUAUUUGGUCAAUAUAUUGGUAACCCUGAUUGCUCUUUAGCGGAUUCAAAGUUUGGUUAUCUUGAUGAUGCAACUGUUCCCAGUGAAUCUAGGACACCUACAUUUGCAUGUGCAGUUUUGUAUAUUUGUAAUGAAAGAUGGGAUGGUGUACCUUUCAUACUAAAGUGCGGCAAAGCAUUAAAUGAAAGGAAAGGUGAAAUUCGAAUUCAGUUUAAAGAUGUUCCUGGUGAUAUUUUUGAAGGUCGAACAGUACGGAAUGAAUUGGUUAUUAGAGUGCAGCCUGAUGAAGCUGUGUAUUGUAAAAUGAUGACAAAGAAACCUGGUAUGUUUAUUGAUCCCAUUGAAACUGAGCUAGAUCUUACUUAUUCUCGACGCUACAAAAAUGUUCAUAUGCCUGAUGCAUAUGAUCGUCUUCUUCUUGAUGUAUUUUAUGGAACCCAACUAAACUUUGUCAGAAGUGAUGAAUUAGCUGAAGCAUGGCGGAUAUUUACACCUGUUUUACAUGCAUACGACGCUGAAAAGAUUGAGCCUGUUAAAUACAAAUUUGGAACACGCGGUCCAACAGAAGCCGAUAAGUUAAUAGUCGAAAAAGGUUAUUAUAAGUACUCUGAUACUUAUAUAUGGAGCAGCAAUUGCAAAGCUGCAUUGUAAAUAAUAAUCACCGAACUUCAUUCCUUCACUUUUUAUUAAAAUAAUUUGUAGUAAUGCAACUUUUACUUACAUAAGUAAAUUUGCUUUUUGAAUAUUUUUGAAAAAGUGUGAAUGUGUGAAAGUGUGUAUGUGUGAAUGAAUCAAAUCAAAACACGCAGAAAUUUUCAUAUAAAGUAUUUUGUUUGUUGUAGUUGUUUUUGUUGUUGUAAAUACUAAUUACAUUUUUUUAAA